AUGCCGUCUCCGGGUUCACCUGUGGCUGACGUCGCUCCGCCUCCCGGCUUUGAGCAUCUUUCUCCUUCCAGGAAAAAUCCAACCGGCGAGUCAGGUGGAGCGAAAGUUGAGAUCGACGCGCAAGUGUUAGAUGCUCACAUUGCGGGUAUCAACAAGAGUCUGACGGCAGACCGCAGUGGACCGAAUCAAGCGGCUCAUAAAUUCAAUCGGGAAUCUCCCGAGUUCGUUCCGUCGAAGCCACCAAGACUUGGCCUAGCUCCGCCAAGUGUAACAGAUCCGUCUGCAGAAGCUGCUGCGGCCAUUGACGAGUCCAUUGCGAAGUUGCUCGACAGCUAG